CACUACAGACUCAUUAUCCUUCACUCAACAGAGUUAUCUUCCAAUUAAAGAGUCUUUCCCAAGUGCAUUGUCCGAUUCUCUAAGUUGUUAAGGAAAAUGGCUUCCUCCAAGGUUUUUCUUCUUCUCGGUCUUGCCUUUGCCGUUGUUCUUCUGGUCUCAGCUCGUGAGCUCGCUGAGACUACUCAAACCCAGGAGGCUGUACAAACUGACUCUGUGGAGGAUGCCAAGUAUGGUGGCCACGGGUAUGGCCACGGCUACGGACACGGCCACGGUCACGGACACGGUAAACCAGGUCAUGGUGGUCACCCAGGACAUGGUGCUGCUGGCGAAACUGAAACCUACGGACACGGUAAACCAGGCCAUGGUGGUCACCCAGGACAUGGUGCUGCUGGCGAAACUGAAACCGACCAAAACUAGACAAAUCCCUUAUAUAUGGUGUCUGCAUGGAUGGGUUUAGUAAUAAGAUGUACUAGUACUCUAAGCUUGUAUGCCAAUAAGGUCGCUGGAUGUCUGUGGGUCAUGUAUAAGCUUUAUCUUUGUACUUUUGUCGUAUUUCUUUCUGCUUUUUAAUAUUAAUCGCAACGUGCUUAAUCCUAA